UUCUCGCAGUAGUAUGAGGAUAACAAGCCAGCGGAUCUGAGUUGCUGUUACAAGCAGUGUCAACCCACGCUAAUAAACUGAAAACAUUGGCAGCAAUCUCUCAGAAGACUUCUGCUUCAGCAGCGACGAAGGAGAAACGCUUUUCUUUCGGCGUUGUUUGUUUAUUUUCACCGGAGUCGUCGGCUUGGAGUUUGUCUGAAAUCUCUUCGCUGUCCGUGGAUUAACAGAAGAAGACCCGACUCCUAAAAAGCGCUGUGAUAUCAGUUUAAGAGUGAAAUGUUGGAUUAUUUUCCUGCAUCACAAGUGAAUAGUGGUGUUGUGGAGGUUUCACAAUUGUUCUGGUAACAUAAAGUCGAUAUUGAGUUUACGCCCGGACCAGUCCAGCGGACACUUGUUGAAAUAUAAUUUACCGAACAAACCUUUGCCCAUCUGCUCGGGAGCUUUGCUAACGUUAGUAGCGAUAUUUAGCUAUCGAGGCUAACAACUUUCUCUUCUCAUUGCUCGUUUAAAAGUAUGUUAGAUGUUGACCGAGGUCGAGUGUACACAAGUUGGCAAAGUGCGUUUUUCAUAAUUGUUGUGAUGGCACUGACAGCAGCUUAGCUCACUUGGCUAGCUGCGGCUGUUACCCAACUGUUCACCUCCAGCAUUAUGUUAGCCAUGACAGCUAACGUUAUGAUAACGACAGAUUCAAACAAGUGGUUCGCUGGAAAUAUGAAGUUAUAUUGUACCAGUAAUUUAUUCUAAUAAACACGUCAUUCUGCUCGGAAAUAAUUAAAGUUACAUUGUAAACACAUAAUUUACAAACGCUUUAUUUACUCACAGAAAAAUAAGACAACUUUUAUAAACUGGAGCUUUAACGUUAGCUUAGCUACGUUAGCUACUAGCUCCGCUCACAGUAGCGACUCGGUUGUGAUUCUGCAGCAGUUGACACUGAAUUAACUUUAACCAAACAGCGAUGUGUGGUAUGUUUUUAAAACUCUAAUGGGUUCACCGCACUGCUCACUGGAAGACUUUGGACAGUAAACUCCCAGCCCCAUCUACCACUUUUUUCAAAGUAGCUGAAGUUGUAAAACUGCGGCCCGCACGAUGUCCGGCUCCCCGGGCACAGGUGGCUCAAACCCCAGGAAGUUCAGCGAGAAGAUAGCGCUGCACAACCAGAAGCAAGCAGAGGAGACGCGGGCCUUUGAGCAGCUCAUGACAGACCUCACUGUUUCACGGGUGCAGUUUCAGAAGGUCCAGCAGCUUCGCUUGACUCAGUCCCGGGCGCAGUACUAUGGCUCUCUGCCUAACGUCAAUCAGAUUGGCAACACCAGCACUGAAUUCCAGGGGGGCUUUCCGUCAGGAUUGGACUCUGUCAGAGGGACCCGCCACCACGGGCUGGUGGAGAGGGUCCACCGGGACCGCAACCGCAUCAACUCCCCCCAUCGCCGACCCGUCGACAAGCACGGACGGCAGAUAGAGAGCUCUCCGUACGGAGCCGUCUACCUGUCCCCCCCUCUGGACAACAACUGGAGAAGGGAACAGCAGCCAUGGACUGAGGAAAAACGGCCUGGGUUUAGAUUAAUAUCACAACUCAACAGAACCAACUCAGAUUCGGCUCUCCAUACAAGCGCUAUGAACCCAAACCCUCAGGACCCCUUUGGCAUGAACCAGCAGAUGGGUCGAGGUCCCUCCCUGCGCAAUGGCUGGAAUGCAGCCAGUGUAAUUGAGGCGGAGGUGGACAGCUCCGGAAACGUCUUCUCCUUCCCCACGCUGAGUAACGAGGAGAAUCUAAUAGGUGUCAGUAAGCCCCUUCCCAAGCAGCUGUGGGAGGCUAAGAAGGUCCAGUCUCUGUCAUCAAGGCCGAAAUCAUGUGAAGUGCCUGGAAUAAACAUAUUCCCGUCCCCGGAGCAGAACCCGGGUCUGUCCCAAUACCAGGGUUUGUUAAACACCGGGGGCUCCCUGCCCGACCUCAGCAACCUGCACUUCGCCUCCCCUCUCUCCACCCCUCUGGACCCGGAGGACAAUGGAGGGUACCCCAACCUCAGCGGGGGCAGCAGCACCGGAAACCUGCCAGCAGCCAUGAUGCACCUCGGCAUCGGCAACUCGCAGGGUCUCUCCUCCUCUCUGAGCAAUCCCUCGAUCCAGGCGUCCCUCAGCAACUGCCAGCUGCAGUCGUCGCUCAGCAAUCCCUCCAUCAAUUCGUCCUUGCGCAUGUCCAGCAACUCCCCCCGGCGACGGACAGCACCCAUCAGCCCUCUGACAUUGUCUCCAGGGACCGAGCAGCGCAGGGGUCUGGCCAAGCAGCUGUCUCCCACCAUGUCCCCCUCGCUGUCCCCCAUCACACAGGGAGUUCCUCUGGAUACCAGCAACAUGCCAAGGGAGCCGCCCCCACCCUAUCCGCUUUACCAGCAAUCCCAGCAUGCAGUGGACCAGGGUCGACAAUGCCACCAGCAGCAACAGCAACAACAGCAGCAGCAGCAACAACAGCAGCAGCAGCAGCAGCAGCAGCAGCAACAACAACAGCAGCAGCAGCAACAUCAACAACAACAACAGCAGCAGCAGCAACAUCAACAACAACAACAACAACAACAACAUCAACAGCAGCAGCAGCAGCAACAGCAGCCUCUUUCCUCUCUUCAGAACAUCCCUCUGGACUUCAACACGAGCCAACUCAACAACAUGUCAGCCUUCUUCAACGACCCCUUCAUGGAGCAGCAGUUCAAUCGCCAGACCAAGUCCAACCCUUAUCAGUUCGACCAGUUCUCUCUGUUGGAGAGCGCGAUGAGCUCCACGGCGGGGGGGUCUUGCUUUGACCCCUCCUCCUCCCUGCUCUACUACUCCCAGGCUGCCCUCUCUGGGCUGGGGGGCAGCCACGGCAGCCUGCAGGACCCCAUGCACAUGAGGUCCAACAUGUUGUACUCUAACUGCAGCGGAGGCCUGCCCAACAUCAUCCUCACUGAUGACUCCAGCCUGUCGAAGGACAUCAGCAGCGCGCUCUCCACGGUGCCCGAGUGUUUCGACUCGGAGGACUGCUUCCCGCUGGAGGACGAGCUGCGCAUCGAGCCCCUCAGCCUGGACGGACUGAGCAUGCUCAGCGACCCCGACAUGGUGCUGCCGGACCCCUCCGUGGAGGAUACUUUCCGCAGCGACAGACUCUGAACACACACACACACACACACGUGGAUUUGCAGUGUAAAGAGUGUAAAAUCUGACAUGUGCAUGCCAACAAUCUCUAUAUGCAUAGUGCAUGCAUCCACUGAGAUUCAUCAAAUGUGAAGUAUACACACACUUUUUAAGGAGGAGACUUUUGAACAAACACUGUUUACUCCUGCUUGGUGCAGAGUCCCCCUCACACAUCUCUAAGACGGCGUUUUGAAUGAGAUGCGUCGAUGCAGUAGUUGGGAUUCAAAUCAGCGCCAGGAGCAGAAACAGGUCCAGUUCUGCACUUCAAAAGAAGCACGUGAAACAAUCCCCGCUUCUCCUGCUCUCUCAUCGCCAGCUCACAGCCCCCCUGAAGCCAUGGCAACCACAUCGCCAUGGUUACGCAGCAUAGCAACCCCAUCGCCACGCUGAAGAGCAGCAGGAAUGCCGACACAUGCUUUUCCUUUCCUCGCGGCUCCUGCAAACGUGGAGUGAGCCGUUCACAGCUGGAGUAAAGAAACUACUUCAGGCUCCUGAACAAUCAUGGUAAAAAUGAAGACUAAAAAGAUUCUUGUUUAUAAAUGUAUUUCUUUGCAUAUGUUACCAGAUUAUUUUUCAAAUGUUUGCCACAGAUCUAUACAUUUGAAUAUACAUAAAUAUAAAUAUAUAUAUAUAUCAAUUGCAGUCUGAUUAGAAUGUAUUUCAAACUCGAAGCAAAAAGGGCAAACUGUUUACAAAAGAUGAGAUUGAAUAAGUCAAUAUUACUUAGAGAUUUUCUAAUUAAUAAAGAGAUACAAUUCUA